GGCUGAGCUUCGAUUCAAUCACAUCACGAUUCACGUCAUAAGUUUACUUUCACUUCCACCUUGCACUGUACUGUACUAAUAAUAAUAACAUUAUUGUAGUUUCGAAUUUUUUGAUUAUAUAAACCGAUGUGAGCGGAUUUGUGUGCCGAUAUUCGCGUAAUAGGAUAAUGUUGUGUCUCUAUUUCUAGUAGACAUGUUAGUUUGUCGUGCCGCAAAUAAUUCUUCAGUGAUACAAGGUAUUUUCCGAAGAUUUUCUUUUUCCAAUGGAGAUUUGCGAGUAGCAAAUAAUCGAGCCACCACUACGGUUUCUCCAAUAAGUUUUUCCACAAAGUGUGUCGAUGCAGAGAAAUCAUCAGUUAGGAAGUCUAGAUUGAGGUCACAAUCAUUUGGAUCAACAAGAGAAUAUUACAAGGAAACUAUCAGGACCAUGUCUACUGAGGUUGGUUCUUCAGGAUCUCCCACCAAAUCUGAAGAAACAAAUCGUCUGAUCCUAGAAAAAUCACCUUACCUACUACAACAUGCUACCAAUCCUGUGGAUUGGUUUCCUUGGGGUCAGGAGGCCUUUGAUAAAGCCAAAGCUGAAAAUAAACUAAUAUUUUUAUCUGUUGGCUAUUCUACAUGCCACUGGUGUCAUGUUAUGGAGAAAGAAUCAUUUGAAAACAAAACAGUUGCAGAGAUUAUGAAUAAACACUUCAUAAAUAUAAAAGUGGACAGAGAAGAACGUCCUGAUGUUGACAAAUUGUACAUGUCCUUCAUAACAGCCACUGUGGGUGGUGGAGGAUGGCCGAUGUCUGUUUUCUUGACCCCAGACUUGAAACCCCUGGCAGGGGGCACCUAUUUCCCACCUGAAGACCAGUAUGGGCGUCCUGGGUUCAAAUCAGUUUUGAACAGCAUUGCCAAACAGUGGCAUGAUAAGAAGACCUCCAUAUUGAACUCUGGGGAUUAUGCUCUGCAAGUCUUGAAGAAGGUUGCUGCUAAAGACCAGAAGGAAGGACAAAAUCUCAAUAUCCCCAGUGAGGAUGCUUGGAAAAAGUGUUUCUUGCAGCUGUCUAGAAGUUAUGAGUCUGAUUUUGGAGGUUUCAAUUCUGCCCCAAAGUUUCCUCAACCAGUGAAUUUUAAUUUUCUGUUUCACAUGUACUCACGGAAUAAGAAGACUGAGGAGGGGUCCCAGUGUCUGGAGAUGUGCCUACACACAUUGAAAAAGAUGGCUUAUGGUGGGAUACAUGAUCAUGUCAAUAAUGGGUUUGCUAGAUAUUCUGUCGAUGACAAAUGGCAUGUGCCUCAUUUCGAGAAAAUGCUCUACGACCAAGGCCAGCUGGCUGUUUCCUAUUGCGACGCGUACGUCCUCACCAAGGAUGAGUUCUACGCAGACGUCGUACGCGACAUCUUGUCGUACGUGUCGAGAGACCUGAGUAACGUAAGACCGUCCCAGGACCCUCACGGAGAACUGAAAAACAAGAACGUCCUCGCUUGUUUCGGCAGCUACGAGACCACAGCGAACAAAUUCUCCAUCACCAUCGACAAACUCAAAGAAAUCCUCAACAAAUCCCACAAAGUCCUCUACGAGGCGCGCCAGGAACGUCCCAAACCGCACGUCGACACUAAAAUCGUCACCGCCUGGAACGGCCUGAUGAUUUCCGGGUUCGCGAAGGCCGGCUUCGUGCUGAAAGAUCAAGCGUACAUAGAUCGGGGCAUUCAGGCGGCGGGUUUCAUCAAGCGGUACUUGUACGACGGGGAGGAGAAGAGGUUGCUGAGGUGCUGCUACAGAGGCGACGAUGGUGGGGUUGUUCAGACGCUCGCCGUGUACCUGAAGCGGCAGGACCUGCGCGAGAAGGCCGGCCGCACGCUGGCCGCCUUCGCUGACAGGUUGACUUCCAUCCCGAUAGCCUUGCCCGAGAUGACGUCCGCCCUUAUGUCCUAUCACAAUUCGCCCACGCAGGUGUUUAUCGCUGGCGAAACGGAAAACACCGACACGCAAGCGCUGUUGGACGUCGUCCGCUCGCGCUUCUUGCCCGGCCGCAUCCUGGCCAUCGUGGACGGGCCGGGCGGUCGGGCCGGCCUGCUCUACAGCCGGCACGAGACGCUCAACCGCUUGUGGCCCGUCCAUGGCAAACCGGCGGCGUAUGUGUUUAUCGCUGGAGAAACGGAAAACACCGACACGCAAGCGCUGUUGGACGUCGUCCGCUCGCGUUUCUUGCCCGGCCGCAUCCUGGCCAUCGUGGACGGGCCUGGCGGUCGGGCCGGCCUGCUCUACAGCCGGCACGAGACGCUCAACCGUUUAAGGCCCGUUCAUGGCAAACCGGCGGCGUACGUGUGCAGGAAUUUCGCUUGCUCGCUGCCGGUGACGGAGCCGCAGGAUCUGGCAACGUCGUUGGAUGCCGGUAACGGGGCGAAGAAGGAGGAGGAGGAGGAUGAGUAAUAGUACUAGAAAUGUGUUGUUUUGAUCGCGGAUAUACCGGGUGAUUUUCUCAGGUGGCUCACACCUAUAACCUUGAAGAUGGAGAAACGAAAUUCGGGUUGUGUAUAAUAAUUCAGUUUGCAUUUUUGACGUAUCCACUUACUCCGUCGUAUUUCUGGUUUGACAGGAAAUUACUCCUAUAUAGAUUUUUGAAUGGGACAUCCUAUUUAUUUUGACUUAUUUCGAUAUAUUUCACUUGUAAUACCACUAGAUGUUGGGUCUUUGACAAAUAAUUUUCAAAAGAUCAAUGAGGUCAAAAAAUUUAAAUUCCUUUGGUAUUCGGUAAGACAAUCUCACAGCAGAUUGUAUCUGGAGAUUAAAUCAAUUUAGAAUUUAUUUAUAUAUUUGAUUUACAUAUAGGUUCAUAAAUAAAUUCAUUAUUUCUACCUAUUGUAGUUGCAUGAAAAUACACAGUUUAGAAUGUAACAUAUAGUAUUUUUCCAUAUUAUAUCAACUUCGGGUUACUAUACAAUUUUAUAUCAUUAUGUCAAUGAAACGUUAAACAAAUUCCGAUUUAAUUCGCAGUUGAGUAACCAAGAAUGAAUUUGUUGUACUGAAUACAUAUGUUGUGAUGGUGAUUUGUCAGAGAAACCCAAUUUGAUUGGUUACUGGUGUUGAAUUUUUCAUUCAACUUUCAUUUUUCGAUCUAGAAUGCUUCAUUGUUUGUUGAUCAAGUAACAUGGAAA